CAUUUUUCACAUACAGAGAGGUAGGUAGGGCUUCUGACCCGAUAGAUCGACCCGAAACACGUGGCUAUAAAAUUCGACAAACAGAUCUCAUCAUGUUUGUUCACAUUUUCGAGACCUCCCUUUUGUUCACUUGAAGGUAUCCUCUAUUCAUCACUCUCACUAAAAUCUAAAAAACGAUGAGCUCUCUAAUCUGCAGAUCUGCUUCCAAAGCAGCAAGGUCUCUUCUUUCCUCAGCUAAGAACGCUCGUUUCUUCUCCGAAGGACGAGCCAUUGGUGCAGCAGGAGCGGUCACUGCAUCUGCAAAGAUCCCUCUCUAUGCAUCUAACUUUGCAAGAUCAUCAUCAGGUUCUUCCAAGAGCUGGAUCACUGGACUCUUGGCUCUUCCUGCUGCAGCCUACAUGGUUCAAGAACAGGAGGUUCUUGCUGCUGAGAUGGAACGCACGUUCAUCGCUAUCAAGCCUGAUGGAGUGCAGCGAGGACUGAUAUCAGAGAUUGUUGCUCGAUUCGAACGCAAGGGAUUCAAGCUUGUUGGUAUCAAGGUCGUUGUUCCUUCCAAAGAUUUCGCACAGAAGCAUUACCAUGAUCUCAAGGAAAGACCUUUCUUCAAUGGCUUGUGUGACUUCCUUAGCUCUGGUCCUGUUAUUGCCAUGGUAUGGGAAGGAGAAGGUGUGAUCAGAUACGGACGUAAACUGAUUGGAGCCACCGAUCCUCAAAAAUCUGAGCCUGGGACCAUCCGAGGAGAUCUUGCAGUUGUUGUUGGGAGGAACAUAAUCCAUGGAAGUGAUGGACCAGAGACUGCAAAAGAUGAGAUCAACCUCUGGUUUAAGCCACAAGAACUCGUCUCUUACACCAACAACGCUGAGAAGUGGAUCUAUGGCGACAACUAAAACCCCUCUUUUAUCUUGUGUUUUUUUCUUUUUUCCUUCCCAAACAAAUCAAGACAAGAAACAGUAACAGAACAGAGAAAUAAUAAAUAUGGGAUGAUUGAGUUUUGAA